UCUCUCUCCAGCAGCUUGUUAUUUCUGCUUUUUUCAGUUUUUAAAUUAUUUACUUCUGUUCUGAACUUAAACACCAGAAGCUGGUGCUGAGUUGGAUUACUGAAGCUGUUGUAGCUAUUGGACUUUGUGGUUCUGGUGAGUAACUUGGCCUGAAGAUUGAACUUACUUUCACAAAGGUCUGGGAUAUGUUUCGUACUACAGAACAGAAACUGGAAUGAGAAAGAUUGUACUGGUCUGGAUCAGAUCCCUGUCCUGGAGUCCCUCUGCUGAUCCUCAGGAGGGGAGCAGCUGCUGAAAUGAGUCUGUCUUGGGAGCCCGAGGCUGAAGAUGGAGCACUGGGCCCUGAAAUUGAGAGGGUCAAGCUGGACAGACCAGGAUCACCAGUGUCCAGCUGUGUGUCCAUGAAGAGUGACUGUUCAAUGGAGCAACCAUUAUACUUCAGAGCUGGAGCCUUCGCCACUGACCCCAGUUUUACUGGGCCUGGACACUUGUGCUGUGAUUUCUGCACUCAGAUAAAGCUCAGAGCUGUGAAAUAUUGUUUGACCUGCUCUGUCUCCUACUGUGAGAAACACAUCCGAUGGCACUACACAGUCCCAGCCCUGCAGAGACACAGACUGGUGGACAUCAGUGGAUACCAGGAGCCCAGACUGUGCCAGAAGCACCACCGAGCUCUGGAGGUGUUCUGUAAGACUGACCAGACUCUCAUCUGCAGUCUGUGCUCAGUGCAGGAACACAUUGGCCAUGACACCAUAUUUAAGUCAGAAGAGCAACAGACACAGGAUGUGGGAAGAGCUGUGAGUGACCUUACAGAUGAACGUGAGAAUUCCUGCACAGGAGGAUUCCAGGAGACUGACCAAGGGUGGCUGCAGACACUGAAAGACAAACACAAGGAAGCUCUAAAGAGGAAGUUUGAAGUUGUAGCUGAGGGAAUUGCUAAGCCAGGAGAGCAGACCCUUCUCAAUGACGUCUUUACACACGUGUGGAUAACUGAGGGCAGCUGUGUUGAGGUGAAUCAUGGACAUGAGGUCAUGCAGGUAGAGACCGUCUCCAAAAUCACAAAAUCAGAGAUCUGCUCCAUCAAGUGCAACGAUAUUUUCAAGCCACUGCCAGGACAGACCAGACCCAUCAGGAAUGUACUGAUGAAGGGAGUCGCUGGCAUCGGGAAAACAUUCUCUGUGCAAAAAUUCAUUCUCGACUGGGCUACUGGGAAAGACAACCAGGAUUUCGAUUUUAUUUUUUUUCUUCCAUUCUGUAAAUUGAAUUCGAUCAAAUCAGAAAUGAGUUUACAGGAACUUGUUCAGUGUUUCUGCCCAGAAAUUAAAUCAUCUGCUAAUAUUUUAGACUGUUGUAAGGUCCUGUUCAUCUUUGAUGGUCUGGAUGGAAGCAGACAUCCUUUGAACUUUACAAGAAACCAGAUCUGGUCUGAUGUGAAAAAGCCAACUUCAGUAGACAUAUUGAUAAUAAAUCUCAUCAAUGGUAACUUUCCUGUUGACGCCUCCGUCUGGAUCACUUCCAGACCGGCUGCAACAGGUCUGAUCCCUUCGGAGCUCAUCAGCAGGGUGACAGAGGUCCAAGGAUUUGAAGACAAGCAGAAGGAAGAGUACAUCAGAAAGAAGUGUAAGAGCACAGAUCUAGCAGACAGAAUUAUUUCACAUUUAAAGAUGCUGGGGAGUCUUUACAUGAUGUGCUAUCUUCCUGUUUUCUGCUGGAUUGUAGUUACUGUUCUGGACCACACAUUGGAAGAGAACAGUGGGAGAAGGGGGAAAAGAGGAGGAGGAGUGGUGUGA